GGCACAAACACAAGCGUCCUGCUGAUGUACUGUUGCCUGUGUCUCCAGCUCAUUAUGGAUUUAUGUGGAUUAACAGUAUCACAUGGGUUUUAGUCUGGCUGAGUCACCAAGGCAGAGCGAUAGCAGAAGGAGCAGCGUCGGUGAAAGGGGAAGAAGAGCUGAGGACGCAGAGGACGGCAGGCAGAAUGACAGAUGGGCUAUACGAGACAGACAGAGAAAGAGAGGUUGAGGAAGAUGAAGAAAUGUCAACCGACGUAUAUGUGCAGAGGAUGGAGAGGGAGCGUGGCAGUUUCGGAGAGGUGGACAUGGAGGACUGGAAUGGGCUGCCUGCUGGAGUGGAGCUAGGAGAGGUGGUGAAAGAGCUGACCCCCGGAGAGCCCAUCACCCCCAGCUCGGUCUUGCGGCUCACAUCCUACACUGACGAUUACUUGUGCAGUCCUGAGGACAAUAUCUACAACAUCAGCUUCUCACGCUUUAAGAUCCGAGACUUGGAGAGCGGGGCAGUCAUUCUGGACAUCAAGAAACACUGUCCGACAGAAAUAAAAGAUGUGAUCGACUUAAAUGCAGGCAGGUUCAUUCAGUAUCACUUCAGCCCUGCCUUCCUUUCCCUGCGGGAGAUUGGAGCCACGCUGGAGUUCACUGUCGGAAGCAAGGCGGUCAACAGGCUCCGCCUAAUUGAGAGACAUUACUACAGAGACCAGCUGCUCAAGUCUUUUGAUUUUGAGAUCGGCUUCUGCAUCCCCUACAGCAGGAACACGUGUGAGCACAUCUACACGUUGCCUGAGCUGGACCCCGAUACAGUUGCAGAUAUGAUCGCCAGCCCCUUUGAGACAAGGUCAGACAGCUUCUACUUUGCCAACAACACACUCAUCAUGCAUCACAAGGCUGAGUACUCCUUCUGCGAGAAGCCCUAACGGGAUGCUCGGGUCACACUAAGGCGGAAUGGAGUGACGUGUGCCGACCCCGGAGCCGUGCCGACUCACGUCGCAGCCACGCAGUGCUCGCCCCUGCGGUCCCUGUUGUCAUUGUUGCUGUUCCACAGUAGCUGUGUUCCCUCCUGCAGCGAGGGAGUCUGUCUCGUGUUGGCAUGCCUGUGUUGUUGUUGUUGUUGUUGUUGUUGUUGACAACCAAUAAAAGAAAGCAACUGCUUACUGCAC